AUGACGAUAUCAAAUGAUACUGCAAGUGAUUCCAGAAUAGGUAAAGAUUCUCCAUUUACCUUUGGCCAAAGAUUUUUGGAAAAGGAAGAGGAUGUUUUCCAGCAAAAUGCAUGGGACCAUGUAGAAUGGGGUGAAGAACAAAUCAAGCAGGCUGAAGAGCUCAUCUCCAAGCAGUAUGACCACCCAGUGAAGGAUUUCGAUAAAAAUUUGUAUAAUUCUAACCCUGCUAAAUACUGGGAUAUUUUCUAUAAGCAUAACCAAGAGAAUUUUUUUAAAGAUCGUAAGUGGUUGCAGAUUGAAUUUCCCUCUUUGUAUAGGGUCACUGCUAAGGGCUACACUGAACCAACCACCAUCUUAGAAAUUGGGUGUGGUGCUGGUAACACCUUCUAUCCAAUUUUGAAUCAAAACGAAAACCCUAAUUUAAAGAUAUUCGGCUGUGACUACCUGAAGGUCGCUGUAGAUUUACUUCGUAGCAAUGAAAACUUUGAAGAAAGUGCAGCAAAGGGUAUAGCUUACUCCUCAGUGUGGGACUUGUCAAACGAGCAAGGUGAUUUACCUAAAGAUAUGGAGCCAGAAUCUGUAGAUAUAAUUAUUAUGGUGUUUAUAUUCCUGGCUUUACACCCAAACCAGUGGCUCCAAGCUGUGAAAAACUUGACAAAAGCUUUGAAGCCCGGUGGAGAGAUCUUAUUUCGUGACUAUGGUCGUUACGAUUUGGCUCAAGUUAGAUUCAAGAAGGGAAGAUUGUUAGACGAUAAUUUUUAUAUUAGAGGAGACGGAACAAGAGUAUAUUUCUUCACGGAAGAGGAAUUGAGAGAGAUCUUCUGUGGUGAACUGGCACCAUUCGUAGAAGAGAAAAUUGCAACUGACAGACGUUUGUUGGUGAAUAGAAAGAAGCAGUUGAAAAUGUAUAGAAACUGGUUACAAGCUGUUUUCAGAAAACCAAGUUGA